AACGUAACUCUCUUCUAACGAUCUAAACCCAACCCCCACCCCAUUCCUCCCUUGACCUUGACUUCGAGAAAUCGAAAUUUCUCAGAGUCUUCUCCUUCUCUCCAAAAUAAAGUUCCCUUUUCAUAGCUUCGUCGAAGCAGAAGCUAAAAGCCAAAAAAAGAAUGCCUCCACGCGCUGUUAAGCGGCUAUACACGGCCUCCACUGCUGCUCUUAAGAAGAGGCCUCGGCUCCGACAAAGCGUAUCCGUAUCAAGUGAACCCUCCGCCCCUCCUAUCGAAGAAGAAAAGGGAUUAGAAAGACUAGAGCUCGAAGAUAAUGAUCGGCAGUUUGAAGCAGAAGAGAAUGGUGGUGGAAACUUAGACAUGGAAGAGCUUGUUGAGAUGGAUGGUGGAAAUGAGGAAGAUGGGGUAGAGAGAAUUGAUGUGGAUGACAUGAUCGAAGAAAUUGUGGAAGUUGAGGUGGAAGAAAAUGAGGAAGUGGAGGAGGAGGAAGAAGUGGUCGAGGAGGAUGUUGGGGAUGAGCAUGAAGACAUAGAGGACUAUGAGGAAGAGCAUCAUGAUGUGGUUAAAGAGAGGAGGAAGCGCAAGGAAUUUGAAGUAUUUGUAGGGGGGUUGGACAGGGAUGCUACUGAGGAAGAUCUUAGAAAGGUUUUUAGCCAGGUGGGUAUGAUCACCGAAGUCAGACUUCUGAAGAAUCCAGUAACUCAUAAGAACAAGGGCUUCGCUUUCUUGCGGUUUGAGACUGUUGAGCAGGCUAGACGGGCUAUUUAUGAACUUAAGCACCCAGUGGUUAAUGGGAAGCAAUGUGGGGUGGCUCCAAGUCAAGAUAGUGACACCCUCUUUGUUGGUAACAUAUGCAAGGCAUGGGAAAAGGACAUUUUGAAAGAAAAGCUUGCUCAUUAUGGAGUCAAUAAAUACGAGGAGUUGACUCUAGUCGAGGAUAUGAACAAUGAGGGGAUGAAUCGAGGCUUUGCUUUUUUAGAUUUCUCGUGCAGGGCACAUGCCUUGGAAGCCUGCAAGAGAUUGCAAAAGAGGGACGUUGUGUUUGGAACAGACCGAACGGCAAGGGUUGCCUUUGCAGAUACCUUCAUUGAACCAGAUGAUGAAAUUAUGUCACAUGUGAGGACAGUAUUCCUUGAUGGUUUGCCUCCUGCUUGGGAUGAGGAUCACGUCAAGAACUAUCUCAAAAAGUUUGGGAAGAUUGAAAAGGUGGAACUUGCUCGGAAUAUGCCAGCUGCUAAAAGAACUGAUUUUGGUUUUAUAACAUUUGACUCGCAUGCUGCUGCUAUGGCUUGUGUUGAUGGUGUAAAUAAUGCUGAGUUUGGUGACGGAGAUAGGAAGUUAAAGGUUAGGGCAAGGUUGUCUAGACCACGCCAGAGAGGUAAGUCAGCUAGACAGGCUCGGGGAGGCUAUGUUGUUGCGCAUGGCAGUGGUCGGGGUGACAGGGGUCCCUGGGGCUCUAGUAUUUCUCGCAUUGAUCAUCGCAGGUCUAUAGAUCAUGGUGGGAGAAGUAUUCAAAGUCGUGGCGAUGGUGUUUCUAACCGAUCAUAUGGUCCAAGGGACAGAGAUGUAUUAUCGUAUGGUCUUGGGAGUGGACAGCAAUAUUCUUCACCAGAGAGAUCAUAUGGUAGAAGGUCCACCGUUCAAGUUUAUGGAAAGACCGGCUCAAAGGGAGACUACAUCCUGGAAGAUGAAGUAUUGUCCAGGCCAGCUGAUUUUGGUCGAGCUCCUUUCAAUAGACUUUCUUAUAGGGAUGCUUACCCUUCACGUGGAUCUGGGUACUCAGGAAGUCCUCCAAGGAAGGUUUCUCGGGCUGCUACUCGUAGACCAUCUCCUCCUUACGAUGAUUAUGACUAUGGAAGAUAUGUGGAACGACCCUCAAACUAUCGUGACAGUUAUAUCCGUGAUUACAGUUCUACCACCAGCUCAAAGCGUCCCCAUUCUGCAAUUGAGGAAGAUCAUUCUCAUUAUGCUGAAGCCUCAAUUAGGCAAUCGCGUGCCUGUUUUGAUUAUGGAGGAAGCAGUUCUGACUUGCCUUACAGUGACAAGUCUUAUCGAAGUAACUUUACAAGGCUGGGGCGUGGGUCUCGUCCUGGGUACAAUGAAGGUAGUCGGAGAUCUACAGGGCACUCUCAUGGAGUGUAUGUCACAAAAACAUCCACUAUGGGUUACAAAAGAGUUCUCACAGAUGAGAUUAGUAGAAGAGAUAGAGAAAGGGCGUAUGCCAGAUAUGGAAGGGAUUAUAUGUCUAGGGAUUAUGAGCCUUCUCGAUCAGAUCUAGAUGAAGGGGCAUAUCCUCCUGAUUACCCCUCACGUCGCUUGAAUGAUGAAUACUUCAGUGGCAGAAGUUCAGGCUCAUAUUAUUAAGGUGAGUUCGCUUGUGGUUAUUCCAAGGCCUUGUAUAAACGUUAUUCAGUCACCAGAAGAAAAGGACCCUGCAUAAUUGUAUUAAAUAGCACAUUUUGCAUAUUCAGACCAUCCUCUGAAGUUGUAGUGCUCCUUUGGAGGUUGAUUUAGUGGUUGGAGACUCAUUGUAUCCUUGAGAGAAUGAGUUUGGUGUUAAUAGUGAGGUUUCUCAUUACUUGAAGACCUUUGGAAGUUUGGAGAAUUUUUUUUGUACUUGUCCAAUUUCAUCAUCUACUCUGAAGUUAACUGAAUGAGAAAUUGGUAUUAAGACAGGAAGCUUUGAGAAUGAGAUCUGCAGUGACAAAGUAUUUAGUGGAAAUUUGAAAAUUAGUUGUGUUUGGCACUUGGUUAGUAGUAGAAAGGGAUGGAUUAUGGACUCGUGAUGUACAAUUUGAAGCUAAUGCUACUCAUUCUUCUUUAUGGUGUUUACACCAGUUGGUGUGUAAGAAUAUGUUAUAAAACAGUUGGCUAUAAAUUGUUUCUGGUCUUGAAUA